UCGGAACACAGCAAAUAGGCAGUGAUAAAAGUUGUCGAUCUAUUAUAUAUCACAUAAUUUAUCCACAAAAACAGUCAAUAAACCCACUCACCAGCUGUGUUUGUUUUUCCGAUGUAUUAAUUUUUUAUUAGCGGUGUGUUCUUUUCUCCAGGAGUGGGUACCUCAGUGUUGCCAUGUCCGUCAAGGAAAAGAAAAAAAAAACCUCACUUUGAUUGUGUUGCUAUGCAACAGGUCAACAAAAACAGACGGGGAGGCUGCGGGAAGAGGCAGACAUGUCGUCCAGUUACUCAGCAAAUCAGUACGACAGCGCCUUCAAGUCGCAGAGGCUGCAGAACUGGUGUGAGGCUAAGCGCUUAGAAGAGAGACCCACUGCACAGGAGGGUCGCACCACCUUUAUUGCCAAUGACAGAGGACAUCUGCUGCCAGGAGUGGUUAAGAGAGGCAGUGCAUGGCCAAACUUUAGGGGGACCUGGGAUCUACCUGCUCGUAUCCCAGCCCACCGCAUCAACCCUACAGGCCGCUCUGUGGAGGGUCUAAACAGGCUGAAGUCCUGGGGCUUUGACCCACAACAUGCUGGAAAGUCUCAACCACACAGCUGCAGCAGAAACGCUGACAGGCAGCAGGAUGCUGUCAAACAGACUGAGGGGGACAUACAGCAGGACUGUCCUGCUCCAUGUUCCACAUCCGAGGCCCAACCAGCAUCUCAGAACCUCCCUGUUACAGGAGGUGAGAGAACUGCGAGCCAAAACCAGGACUCGCGGGCCGCUGUGGCUGUAUCUGUCGCCCAGUCCACUGAAGACAAACAAGCUACUCAGGCUGCUGGGAAAGACAGGCCGCUGAGCCAGUGCUCUGCAGCUGAAGAGGAGCCAGCUGUGAGGCCUGCUGCUGGACAGGAAACCAACAGCAGGCCUGAAACUGGCAAGAGGACGCCAGUGAGCAAUGUCUCAGAGAGAGCAGCCAGCCAAGGAGCACCAUCGUCCUCCAAGCAGAGACACAGAGACGCACAGCAAGACCAGUGA